CUCAACCACUGAGUUGGUUUCAUCUUUCGGAAUGAUGAGCAAACUGGACAGAGUGUUGCUGACUCAGAGGAAGUUUAUUUACCACUAUAAGAACGUACGCUGGGCACGUGGGAGGAACGAGACCUACCUCUGUUUUGUGGUCAAGAAACGCAACAGUCCCGACUCGCUCUCCCUUGAUUUUGGGCACCUGCGCAAUCGCUCUGGCUGUCACGUGGAGCUUCUCUUCCUGAGCUACCUUGGGGUAUUGUGUCCGGGUUUCUUAGGUUCUGGUGUGGAUGGUAUUAGAGUGGCCUAUGCGAUCACCUGGUUCUGUUCCUGGUCACCCUGUUCAAACUGUGCCCAACGCCUUUCUCGCUUUAUGUCUCAGUUUCCCAACCUGAGGCUACGCAUCUUUGUCUCUCGCCUCUACUUCUGCGACCGGGAGGACAGUCGGGAGCGAGAGGGACUCCGCUGCUUGCAAAGGGCAGGUGUGAAGGUGACUGUUAUGACCUAUAAAGAUUAUUUCUACUGUUGGCAAACCUUUGUGGCUCGUAAUGAGAGGGCUUUUAAGGCUUGGGACGGCCUUCACCAGAACUCUAUCAGACUUUCCCGGAAACUACAGCGAAUCCUGCAGCCUAGCGAGUGUGAGGACCUGAGGGAUGGCUUCGCUUUGCUGGGUCUUUAAUGACAUGACAAGAGUUUACAUGACAAUGAAUUAUGGUGCUGUAAAAAGAUAUUUCCUGAGACUUGAAUCACUGAAACAUUAAUCUUUUUUUUUUUUAUAUCGAAAUAGCAUUAUUGUUUUGUUUUUUCUUUUUUUGGUCAA